AAGAACAAUGUGGUUUAUUACUAACAAAAAGUCAUAUAUCAAACCGACCUCUUUUAGGUACGGGUAUGGUACGAAUAUAGUGCCCUCCGACUGCCCUGGACGUCUGGUGUAGCGCGAGAGGGGGGCAGAUCAAGUAAUAGGUCCAUGGUCGAAUCGGUAGGAAGGUGCCAUGACAUGACACAGCUAGAGCAGCGAGUAUCGACACACCACAUUUGUUUUCCCGCACUCAAAUCCUCUGGAAAGUAUACACAACACACGCAAUCUGCAGCAACACUAUAUUCAUCUCAGAUGAUCCUUACAGGCGGCCGAAGGGCCCAGAAAAUCUCGGCUCGCAAGAAUGGUAAGGGAUCCAGCCGGUGUUGACGUUAACACCGCAUCAGCGAAACCUACCGUCGGCGUCAUCCAGUUCAUAAAGGGCGAACCGACGUCGACGACCGCGGUGAAGAUGGCCGUUAAACCGUCGGCGAAGUCCGACGCGAUGGCUGUUGAGGAUGAGGACGUGAUCGAGGAGUACCGCUGCGGACUUUUUGGAUGGCGACCGCAGUGGCUUCAGUCGUUUAAUACAGCACCAUGGCUGUUGGUUACCCUGACUGCAGCGGUAGGAAUCGAGGCGAUGCUGGUUACUGGCUUCGUUACAAGUUCCCUGACCUCCAUCGAACGUCGCUUCCAGCUACGUAGUCGAGAUCUGGGAAUCAUAAUCAGUAGUUUCGACGUCACUAGCAUCAUCCUCGUCCUCUUCGUCACCUUUGUGGGUGGUCGUGGCAACAAGCCGCGCUGGCUUGGGACUGGAUCUAUCAUCAUCGGCGCCGGUGCGCUCAUCUACGCCCUCCCGCACGUCACCACGGGCAACUACCGUUACACGACAUCGAGGGUGUCGCCAACUUGCGGAGUGGAUGCCGAAGCCCCAGCUGCUGGCGGUGGCGACGUCACGAUGUCGUGUGAUGAUGUCAUGGAUGAGAGGCCGUCGAGUUUAGCGCAGUAUAUGUACGUUUUCAUGGCUGGACAAACGUUAAUGGCCAUUGGAUCGCUUCCACUGAAUACCUUGGGAGUUUCUAUGCUGGAUGAAAGUGUGUGCUUGGAACAGACAGGAUUGUACAUGGGUAUAUUUUUGGCUGUGGCAUCUUUGGGACCAGCAGCUGGCUACAUGUUGAUGGGUGUCUUUCUAAAUAUAUUUACCAAUUUUUCAAAUCCGUUCAGUACUGAUAUCAGCACAUCGGAUCCCGGCUGGGUGGGUGCUUGGUGGAUAGGCUUCGUCAUAGCUGCAGUUCCAGCUUUCCUUUUCGGGAUUCCGCUUAGCUUGUUCCCGAGAGAAUUACCAGAUACUGCAAGAAUAAGAGCGGGUAAAGAAAGUCAAGUUCAUGCACGAGGAGGGGCUCAUGAGACAGAACGACCAGGCUUUGGUUCAAGACCAACUGAUUUCAUCAUCUCACUCAAAUACCUUGCUGUCAACCCGACAGUAAUGUGUACUAUCUUAGGCAUCUGUGCAGAUACCAUGCUUGUUUCAGGUUGUGCAGCCUUCAUGCCCAAGUUUACACAGAAUCAGUUUCGUCAGACAGCAAGUGCAGCAAAUUUUCUAAUUGGUAUCGCAAUGCUUCCGGGUUUAUCUGGGGGCGUUCUCCUUGGUGGUAUUCUGACCAAGAAAUUCAAUUUGAAGGUUCGUGGUAUGCUGACGUUUGCUAUCGUUUCUGGCUUGGUGACCAUUGUGCUACUAGGGACCGUGCUCCUGCGUUGCCCCCAGCUGCCGGUAAUAGGUGUAACGGCCUCCUACGAUGGACACAAUCUGAUGGAGUAUCAUCAAGAUAAACGUCUUGAUGAUGAAUGCAACUUGGGGUGUACUUGUAAUACCGAGCAGUACAAUCCAGUAUGCGUUGAAGGUGGCAUUGCCGAGUAUUUUGACCCUUGCUAUGCUGGAUGUAAAGUGGAUUAUGGGAAUGGGACGUAUGGCGAUUGCGAAUGCUUGAGGAAUUUCAUCUCGGCUAACCUGACUGCAUCAACCCAGGUCCAACACGGCCCGUGUGAAUCGGACUGCUUCCUCCUGCCCAUCUUUGUUGCUGGUGCUGCAUUCUUAUUGUUCUUCCAUUUUCUACCAGGAGUAGCACUGGUCAAUACUCUACUCAGAUGUGUUCCAGAUUCUCAGAGGCCAAUGGCUCUAGGAGUCAACUCUAUUUUGAACAAACUAUUAGGUGCUACCCCAGGCCCCAUUCUAGUUGGAGUCAUGAUGGAUGGAGCUUGCCUGCAAUGGCAGCAGACCUGUAGCAGUGAAGGAAGCACAGAGGGUGCUUGUUGGAUAUACAACGACGAGAAUCUGUCUUGGCGGAUGUUCGGUCUUGGUCUCAUCAUGAAAGUAACGGCUGUGGCCCUCUUUAGCCUUGCCCUUUUUUUCUACCGUCCCGCUACACCCGGUAACGGUGGCGCCAUGGACGAGGCCAAUGAAGCGGUUGCAACGGCGCUGGAAAGCACAAUACGGGUUCCUGAAGCUGGCAUGGGUCAAGCUUCACCAGACCUGGCCGUUCAGCAGGAUGAAAUCGUUCCGCUCGAUGGAAUACAGUUGUACAAAUGCGGUUUGGCCAGAGAGGAAGAUUCCAGGUAGUAGUUAAUUCACAUAUUCUCCACAAGCACAUAUUCCUGACCCAUUUGUAAUUGGUGAGCAUUGAUGGAUCCAUUGGGUGGCAUCUAGGAUCUUUCCUGCUCUGGGGCCCGUAACAGGAAGCUUAGCAAUCAUGGUAGAAAUUUUUCAAUGAUUAAUUGCAUUGACUACAGUGUAUUAAUCGUGAAAAUCAAGCAUAUGAUUAAUCGCUAUAAACCUUUGUGUUUAUACGGGACCCUGAUUAGAAUACCAGUAUGCCAGAGAUGAGAUUCUCAUUCCCAUGCAUAUUGUGUAUUCCUGAUUUUGACUGACAAUUGGACCAUCUCAUGAGUGACCUUCACUUUGAAGGGCUACCAGCCAAAGCAAAUAAUCAUUUCUACUUUUCUGAAACAAAUUAUUAUCAUAUAUAUAUAUGUAUAUAUACAUAUUCCUUGUAGAAUUUUGUCCCAAACUGGUGCUUUCCUGUAAACCAUUUCAAUAUUAGAAUAUCUGUGUUUUGUCAGAGAUUUAUCUCUCAUUGUCCACAUCAAAUCUGGCAGCUUGUGUCUCUUUUUUUAAUUCAUGAUAAUGAACAAAAGCGUUGAACUAGCUAGCAACACUACAGACUGCAUUAACCAGCUUUUAAUGCUGCUCCACAUUUUUUACUGCUGAAAUAUUUUGCCAUUAUUAAUAUUUGCAAUAUGUCAAUUAUUUCAUCAUCCCUUGAAAACGCACUCUUACUGCCUAUCUCUUGUUUUUAACUGUGUGGGAAUUACUAUUUUUCCCAGGAGCUGCUACAGUAAAAUGUAACAAAGGCCAAUUUCUUUAGUUUUUUUUUAAUUAACUGAUAUAAAGCCCUGUUCCCUGUUCCAAUCUACAUGACAAUUGCUCCCUUCUUUUACCCCUGUGAAAUGGAAAUAGCAGCAUUUCUGUAAUAUUGACAAAUCCUAGCCGAAAUUUUGGCAGACCUUCGAUAGGUGGGUGCUUUCAAAGGGAGGGAACAAGCAUAGGCGUACCCUAAAUAACACUGAGUAGGGGGCCGGGCCCCAGUAAUCAGAUGGUAUACAAAUAUCGAAUAGGCAGGAGUGCGAUGUGCAAGAUUUCGUGUUAGGGUGAAAGAAAGAUACUCUAUUCAAUGAGGCGUUGCUGAGUCUUUCUUUCAGCAAAUGAGGAAAUGCAGCAUCAUCGCAGGAAUAAGAAUAUAGCUGCCCAUUUUAUCUCUAAAUUUCAGAAUACAGAUUUUACAUUUUUAUCAGAUUAUCCUCUAUUUUGCUAUAUACAUGUGUGUUGGUAAUAGGGUGAGUGUGUGUUUUUGUUUCGAGUAGAAGUCGACUGGCUUGAUUGGUUAUUAUUAUUCAAAGUGUGAUUAUGAAAGAUGGAAAUUUGAUUGUAUUCUUUGAGCUAGGUGAUUUAAAUGUACUUGUAUUGUAGGUCUAGAUUCAUUGGUCACUUUUUAACAUUUCAUUGUGAACUCACCCAUGGAGGGGAUUGGAUGUCACACCGAAUCCUGUUAAGCAUCUAUGAAAUCAAAUUUUAAAUCAUAAACAGAAAACUGUACAUACUAUACUUGUACUUGUUUUAAUACCUUUUAUUAAUGUUUCAUAUCUUGCGUUUGCACAGGCUCUCACAUCCUAUUUUUAGAUUUUAUAUUUUUUGUAAUAUGUAGUUUUUUACUCCUAUUACAAAAAUGUAAGAAAGUGACCCUUACACAGUCCUUCCUUUAGCACAUAAUGUGGGAUGAUAAUUUGAUUGAAUACAAGAACGAUCUUUGAAGUGACCCUAACACAGUCCUAUACCCUUAGCACAUAAUGUGGGAAGAUAAUUUGAUUGAAUACAAGAGCGAUCUUUUUUCACCCUCACUCCAUAUUUUAUCUGUAAUCAAAUUUAUAUCUUUUACUUGAUUUGUGUUUUUCUGUGCAGACUUCACUGUGUCCUACACUUAGUGUACGAAACCUAAUUCUUCUUAGAUUUCUGUGUUUAUAUAUGAUCAAACAGGCCUCAAUGAGACAUACCAUUGUACCCCCCCCAAAAAAAAAAAAAAAAAAAAUCAUUGUACCUUAAAUGUACAUGCAUAAUUGCUGCUUGUGUAUUUGUUAAUGAGUGAAAACUACCGAUCAAGAUACCAGGCCUAUGAUUGCUAAUACUGCAAGUAAACUUUGUAUGUUUUUCAAAUCGCCAUAGUAAUGUAGCAUACCUCUGCCCUGAAGGCAUCAUUUAAUGUGAUUUUGCUUCUCUUUAACAAUCUUGAUUACAUUAUACUUUCUUACGGAGAAUUAGGGUAAAGUGUUCCAUAAUUAUCGGCACAAUAGAAAUUACACAAAAUCUUUUGUAACUUUGACUUUUGACAAAGAAAUAAAGCAGCUACUCUGUGAUUAUAGUAAAUCUCCAUUAUGCAAUUUUGAUAAACCCACAAGUGAUAUGGUUGCUCAUCAUUAAAUAAAGUUUCUCUUUCAGAAUAGCCAAGAUGAUUCAGCAUCUUAUAUCAUAUGACCAAAUCAAAACAUUUCAGAAUUCAUGAAUGAAGGCCUUAAAGCUUUUGCAUGUGCAGUCAAAUUUGUCUUAGCAGCCAACCUGUCUAUUGAACUGUGUCUUUAGUGGCUUUUAAGUACUGUCUCCCAAUUGAAAGGAAUAAUAUGUUUUAAUAAACCUGUCUAUAAAGGCCACAUGUCUCAUGUGCAGCGAAAAAAAAUACACGGGGGCGGCGGGCGAAUUUGCCCCGGAAAUGCCUCGCCCUCGAAAUUACCCAAAAUCAUGCUCGGGGGGGGGGGGGGGGGCGACAUAAAAUCUUAAUGUCGCCCCCGAAAUUAUUGCAGAGCGAUUACAAUUCAGCGGCCUACGAGCGCCAUAUGCUCGAGCUCCG